AUGGAUCUCAAAGUGAUCUGUGGGCUCUCCGUCAUCCUUGUCGUAGCCCUCAGCACCUUGGCAGAGGGAAAGACACCACCAACAAGAUGCCAGUGUAAACUGCUCCCCAGGGAGCGGAGGAACUGCGGCUACCCAGGAAUCUCAGCAUUGGAGUGUGCGAAAGCUGGGUGCUGCUUCAACACUUCAGUCCCUGGUGUUCCCUGGUGCUUUGCUCCUAAAGCAAAAAAAGUUAGGAAAGUAUGUCCCAGCGAUCCCAACGUCAGGAUAAACUGUGGCUUCCCUGGCAUCACGGCCAAGGAGUGCGAAAGGAAAGGGUGCUGCUUCAGGGCAUAUCCCGCCGGCGUCCCCUGGUGCUUCUACCACCGCACAGUGGAGGAAG